GGCAUUUCUCAAAAUGGCCGUCUGUGAUCCAGUUGCAUUGAUCGUACGACUUUUCCACGCAUUUUCUAGAAUUUGAAUUAUUCUUUCUCGUUGUUUCACCUUUCAAUUGAUCGCGAGUGAUCGGAAGUUAUUCCACUGUACCAAGGAAGAAGAGAACAUACAUGACUUGGAGGAAUUCAUUCUUGUUCGUCUGCAAGGAGAUGAAUAGUGAAAGUAUAUGAAGGAGUAUUGGAAUGGAUCCUGAAUGAAUAGCUGUGUAGAACAUGCCUCCUGCGAAGAAGAAGAAACACACGAUUCCUCAAACAAAAUCAAAAAAUCCAAGCAUCGACGACAAAUUUAAGCAGGAGGCACAAGUUCAAGUGAGGAAGAAUGAAGUCAGCCGAAGAAAAAGAAAAGGAACUAUUAUGCGUAAAGUUAUGUCAUCGACAAAUCGCCUUAAAGGUUUUCAAACAUCUUCUGAUAAAUCAAUCAGUUCAGCCUUGCACACCCUUGAUUUCUCAGACUGCAUUAUAUCCUUUGGUCUUAACGAGAACAGAAACAAUUUCAAGGAACCAUGUAGGGACGUAAAGAGUGGUGGUGCAACUAAGUUAAAGCAAACUAAGUUUCCCAAAAAUGAAUCAUCAGGUUUGGGUGCUGGACCAGAAAUACCAUCAAGCAAAGAAGAAAUAACUGCCUCUGGGGAAAAUUUCGAAAGAGAAAGUUUUGAAACAGAAGAAAAUAGUAUUUCAGUUAGAAAAAAGGCAUCUUUAAAAGAAAGGGAUAAUAAAAAAUAUUUUGAUUCCGUUAGCGCCAGUAGGUGCUGUGCUCGUAAAUCAACUACCAAAUGUCGAAAUAGCCCAUUCAAUUCAGCCUCAAAAGCAACCCUCAUCAAGGUUGAGGAUAUUAAAGUUGAGGAUAGUGAAGAAGGUGAAAAAGUUUCAGUAAAUAGAAGGCAGAGCAGAUUAAAUAAUGUAUUAAGGCAUGGCGUUCCAAGUAUUCAUCAUAAAUCCAAAAAUAUCCGCCGCCAAAGAUCCAUCCACAAAACAUUGUCUACUGAGGAUUCUGCUCAACAUCUCAGGAAUGAAUUGCAGCCUACUUUAAAGAAAAUUCGUAGCUCUAAAAAGUCACCGUCGCCUAAAACAAAUUGUUCCUGUCUUAAAGAAAAUCCUGAUGCCCUCUCAAUACGCUCUCAAAAGCAAAGUUCCCAAACAAAUUUUAAUACUGGGGAAAACAUUAAGUCAGAUAUUGGUUGCAUUUUAUACCUCGGCCUUGGAAGACCUACUCACCCUUUAGCAUACCAAAACCUUAAAAUGCAAGUAACCGAUGGCAAUAUUGACAGGAGUUGGGCUAAUUUUGCUGCUUCAGCUGUUCAAAUGCCAAAUCGCGGUCCAACUGUUUCCUGUCUUCUUGUUCCUAUUGUACACAAACAGUUAGAGGACAUGGCUUUAAUACAUCUAAAAAAAAGUUUGUGGAGAAAAACGAACGCACAAAUAAGUUCUAGGUUGACCGAUGAAAAAGUUAUGCUACCGCAUUGUAAGGAGGUAGGUGUCAGCUUUUCAAACUGUAUGAACAGAAAUAUACCCUACCAUAGGAAUCAAUCUAGUAUUGUUAGUUUAGACAACAAUACGGAAUCAUCCAGCAAUGAAGUGAUGAAAGAAGAAAAAGAUGACACUGACAUAUAUUAUUCAUGUGAUGAUAGUAGUUUAGAUUUAAGGUUACAUCUGACCUCUGACUCAGAAUGUUCUGUCGGUAGCGGCUCAGAAAAUUUUCAGACUUCAAAUAUUGACUCUGAUUCAACUCCUUUUUCAGAAAGUAGUAAAUCAGCGUCUAGCGAGAGGUAUCAUGAUCAAUCUGUAACAGCAGAAGACAGUCUGAAUCACCGAAAAGUAUAUGGGAAAAUGAGGAGAUCAACAAUGGCCAAAGCCAUAUGGAAAAAACGUAAGAAAGCGAUGGGACAAAUCUCCAAAAAAAUUAACAGCAAUGAGGAAGGAUGUAGUCAAAAUGAAGGUUAUGAGAACUCAAACAAUGUUGAUAUUAUUGAUAAAGCGAGCAGAUCUUCUAUAGCCAAAGCCAUAUGGGAGAAGCGCAAGAAAGCAACGACACAAGUCUCCAACAAAAUUGACACUAUUAAUGAAGAAAAUAGCCAAAAUAAAGAUGCUGCAAACUCAAACAUUGUUAAUAUUGUUGGUAAGCGAAGCAGGUCCUUGAUAGCCAAGGCCAUUUGGGAAAAGCGCAAGAAAGCAAUGGCACAAGUUUCAAACAAAAUUGACAUCAGUUACGACGGAAAUCAUGAAAAUAAAAAUGUUUGGCGUUUAAACAGGAUUGUUGUUAAAGAAGAGCCACAAUCAAACUUUAAUGAGUCCAUGAAUUUGAUAUCAGAUACAAUUUGUCUGAAACCAGCUGUACCUCAAGAAACAGAACGUCAACUUCGAGGGAGGGGAUCAGGGAAAACAGUGAUGCAAGAACAGCCUCCUCAAGUACCUUUACAAGGCCCUAUAAAUAUAAGUUCCAUUUCUGCAGAUAAAGUUGCCACCAACGAUAUAAUUAAUUGUAGAAUAAAUUUGGAAAUUAAGCAAGAGCUUAUAUCAGACAAUGAAAAUUUAAUCAAUUACCAUUGCACCGGGGGCAGUGAUCAGAGCAAAACUGUUAUCGUGAAGGAAGAGUCUGCAACAAAAGAACAAGAUUGUCACAAAAAAGAUUCUCUUUUAGAAAGUAAUGCGCAAAUAAAUGAUAAUUCAGAAAGUAUCAAACAACCUUCAGAUGUAAGAGCCAAAUUUCGAGGUGCCAGAUUCACAAAACAUCAUAAAACGCUUCGCAAAGAAAAGCGAUCUUUAAGGUUUAAGGCUAUGUGGGAAAAACGCAAGAAAUCAGUAGUACCAAAUGUAAGCGAAUCUGAUGAAUCUCUUAAUCAGUUAUCUCCGACAAUCAAAAGUUUUGUCAUUGAGUCAAAACAUCAUAUGCACAAAUAUAUAAACCAGGACAAGUCAGAAAGUGAAGAUUGUUCUCAAGAAGUUUUGAAAACAGACCAGUUUAAGAAUUUGGGCAGUCAAAAAUCUGUAAAUUCCGCUGAUGGAAGGAUUACAACAACAUUGGGUCUCUCCACUUCUAAGAUUGAAACAUCCUUGAACAGCAGAAACUUAUCUCCUCCGGAAAUAGCAAAAGAUCUGUCGAUCCCACCAAAACCUUAUCCAUUACCUGCAAAAGUGUCAGAGCAGUCAAUCAGUGUUAAACCUGCAGACGGCAAAAUUGUUUGGCACAGCUGCAAAGAAUUUGCCCACAGCAGUAAUAAUAAUAAUUUACAUUGCAAUGACAUUAUUUCAGAUAAUGAAUCAAAGAGUGCCUCGUUAAUUGGCAAGGAGAAAGAUGUGGCCCCGAAACUCAUCAAUACAGAAACUAUUAACAAAUUAGACUAUGGAAUUACAAAGUGUGAUGCUGUGAAAAGACCCCGUCGUCCUAUAAUACAUAGCAAGGUACAAAGAAGAAGACAAGCUGGUAAGCAACGAUAUCUAGCUGCCAAACAAAAAGCUCUGGCUCUUAAAUCAAAAGCAGAAUGCGAGGAAGUCAGUCAAGAAGGUAACUCUAUGUGGGGAAGUAUUAGUAACAAUGUCGGUAAAAAUGAAAGUUUAACAGAAACCUCUGGUGCAGUUGCCCAAGAACUUCCUGAAAAAUCAAAAUUUAUCAAAAAUAAGAAAAUUAGGAGGAAGCUACGCCGGAUCCGGCAACAGCAAAGGUAUCAUAAUUAUUAUAAAUUUCAGAAAAAAGUUAAACCCAUUUUGAAUAGUAUCAUUGACUAUGUUUGUAGAAAAGAGGAUUUUGAUAAAAUGAAAUUCGACUACGAUGAAGACUAUUGCCCUCCACCUGAUGAAAGCAUUCCCGAAACGAAUAAUCUCCCUGCUUUGAUCGAAGCGGCUAGUAUAAGUAAGUGGCCAUCCGCUAAGAAAGAUCGAUGUGCAAGAGAGUUAGCACGAUUGAACGUUAAUUUAAUUACAAUUCGAGAGAAACCAACAGAUGCUCCCUCUAAUAUGCCUGACCCUUGCCCUAAAGAGAAUUGUAAGUUUGGCUGUGUUUGCACAACACUCAGCUGCAAAUCUGCAAGCACUGUUCAACGCUGUUCCCGAGAGAGCUGUAUUUUUGGUUGUAACUGCAAUAGCCUCAGUAUCCCGAAAAACCUAACUGGAGCUCCAUCAAUCUUAAAUCCAAUUAUGAAAAAAUUGCAAGUAGAAUCGAGAAAACGCUUAGCUGUGAAAGAGUAUCGAGAAACAAUUUAUGUAAGUGACCAAAAGGACCAGGGAUCAAAAAUAUUUCUGAAUAACAAACGGCGUGACCGCAAAAUUCCAGAAAGGUUCAAGGAUCACUAUGUCGGAAUCGAUGCCAUAAAAGCAGCAAAGCAUGAUAUUGUCAUGGCGAAUUUCUUAAGUUCUUCCGAGUGUAGAAAUUUCGAAUUAAAUGAACCUGCUCAACUAGAAAGCCCAAUUAAAGCUGAUGAGUCUGUCUUGGGCAAUAGAUGUAUCAAACUCGAGAAACCUUUACAAUUACUUGAAUCUACAAAAUUAGACAAGUCUCCUCAUUUAUCACAGGAGUCAUGUGUUGAAAUUUUAAAAACUGAUUCAUUAGACUGCAAUGCUCUAUGCCCUAAAACUGUCAGAAUUCACUUAAAAAAUCUGGUCGAAAAGCCAAGAAACUAUUAUUGUUUACAACAUGCAGCAAGGAAUUGCAUCUGCCUGCCACAAGUGCGAAAAAAAUUCAGAGUAAAUGUCUGGGAUAAACAAAUCCCAAGAAAUGUUUAUGUGCCUGCCGCAUUAUGGCAAUGUCGUGAUUCUUUUAAAAUUACAACGCCCUCUCCUCUUUGUAUGGAUGGUACCUGUGGCACUAGUAGAACAAGCUUGAAUCUUUUUAAAUAUGCAAAACGGAAUAAGCAUAGCAGUUAUGCGUUUUACCUAUUGAAUCAAGAACUCCAUCGUUUGUCUUCCCCCUACUUUCUCACAGCAGAAUGGAUCUCUCCGCAUAUUGGUAAGUUGAAGUUAAGAGAUGUACAAUAUGGAAAACUGAGAAAUUACAUCACCUACCAAUUAGCUUUAGGGUCUGCUCCAACCAUACGAGUAGCUCUGCAAGCCUCUCUUCAAAUCUUCACCAGAAGUGCGCCUGUCUCACAUGCUGGAUUUCCCUCAACCAUCUCAAGCGCGACACAUGAUACAUCGCUGCUUCCAGACAAAGUGAAUGCUGAUACAUCCAAGAGUGAGCCUCAGACCCUUGAGACUCCAGUCUUUGUUCCAUUUAUUGAGCAAACUGAAAAUGAGGGAUCAAUUAUUAGCAAUGUUUGUUCAAUUGCUUUAGAAGAGUUCGAAAAAUUAGGCAAACAGGAAGACAAAGAAGGAAUUGAAAAUGAAGAACCCAACGUUCGUGAAAUGUUGCCGGUAUCUCACCAAAAUUCAGAAUACUCAGAUAGUACUCACUUAAAUAAUCUUGAAACUUCACUACCAGAAAAAAUUCUCAAUGAAUCUCAUAAUCCCUCUUGGUCUCUAGCUCUCAGAGAUGUGCUUCCAGCGUUUAAAACCAGACAUCAGUGGCUCGUAUUAGAUUUGCGUCAGAACUUCGACAUGGUAAAACUAUGUAUAAAACUUAGCGGACAGAAUCCCGUCGUAAAAUGUUUUAGGAGACAUCUAUUCGACGGAUUAAGUUUCAAAGCUCACUUGAAUUUUACCGAGGUCGUCCGUCUUCCGCUACAAGGUGAAAUUUUUUCAGUGCUCGCAGUACCUGGGCUAUCAUCAAUUGUGUUAUUUGGCCCUUUCAUGCGGGAUGAUUCGCUCAACUUAGUGCCUUUCCAGAGAGUUGAAUCCAACUCUCUGAAAAUGGUCACUUUGAAAGAGAUUUUUGUUCGAUACAAAAAACCCCGCAAACAAACUGUUCACGAUUUUCUCCUAGUGCACAAUAAAGUCAGAUCAACAGCCGUAGACAUGUUAUCAAAAUCAAAAAACCCGUUCAUCUACUACUAUUUCUGGGAACCAGCCUGCUCUGUAGAUUCUCAAGACCCUAAAUAUCCGUCUAUUCUUAAUGAUAAAGCUAUCCAAAAUCAACCUGAGGGAUUGGCAGCAAGGCUGUCGAAUGAAAAGACCAACUUCACUUCAAUAGUCACAUCAAGAGAAUCAAAAUCUCUUCCUUUAUCAUCUGAAGUUGCUGAUCCUAUUAAGGGUAAUCCAGCCGCCACAAAUCAAUGCAGGAGCCGCCCAUCAUCCAAUCGCAAGAAGUCCCAUAGACAGGUUAAAAAUGUAUCAGAAAUGUCAAGGGAAGAAAUUGCCCGGCAUCUUUUGAGGAUCGAAGCGGAUCAUUGCUACUUUAAUCAAGGCAGAAAUGAAGCAGAAAACUUAGAUGAACAUUUUCAGAGAGCAAAUGUAGAAGAGAAUGAGGUACAACCCAUCAGACAUCCUCAAUUCAGCUUUGUGUCAGUUGUCGGGAAAUCUGAGGAUUGCAAGAAAAUUUUAAGAGGUGAGUCAGAAAAUGAUAGAACCUCCCAUUUGAAAACACGUGAAGGUGUUAUUCGCAUAAGAGGUCAUUCACAGGGUUCUUCCUCAAAAGAAUCACUGAAGAUAGUUGAAGUUUUGCCGACAGUUGAACCAGACCCCUCUGAUGUUGCUCCGCCAGGGUUUAAAUCCAAGUACUUAAUCUCAUCGCUCAGAGAAGUGGGAUAUGUUGAUGUUUUUGCCUCGAUGACAACGAGUCAGUUGAUUGUGAAUCUAUCUUACAUGGAGCUAAAUUUCGAGAACGUUGCGCAAGCCUCCAACUGGCUGAAUAAUACUUUGGGCAAAUAUGUUAUCUUCUUCCCGGUCGACUUUAAACCUCAUUGGCGGCUGAUUGAGAAGAAGGAGCUUCCGCAAGAUUGGAAUCCUUUCGAUGUGCAGCAGAUUUCAAAGUAUGUUUAUUUGACAGAACAAGGGCCUAAAAUAAAAGUUAGUAAUGAUGAUAAGGAGAAUCCAGAAAGCGACUCUGAACCAUCGACUGCCAGUGUAAUUGAUGAUAAUGAAGGUGAUGUUAUUGACGAAUUUUCAGAUGAUGAUAUUGUAGAAGCAUCCCGACCUAAUCCAGGGAUCAAAGGGAGCGAAAAGAAUUCAAAAUUCAAGGAUGGUAAAAAAACUUUGGCUGAAGAUGAAAGAGGAAAGAGCCCGAAAUUACAGAGGGAAGACAGGAUCUCAGGAAUCAGCGAUAGAGACGAAAGUUUUAAAAGCGUGGACAUUGAAGCGACUCCACAGACUGAAAAAUCAGUCAAAACCUUAGAAACUGAUGGACCAGAGAAUCCCUCAGAAAUCAAAGCUGCAGAAGAAAUCCCUGUGAGCACAGAUUUUAACUUUCUAGAUGACCGAACCGGAGAGUGUAACUCUCUGAGCAAUAACACUUCAAACGAAAGUGAGCAUACUCUCACAGUCUCACAACUCGACAGAGAAGGAAGAAUUUGUAAAAUUAGGGAAAUUAGACAGUUUGCAGAAAGCGGAAAAAUGGAAAAAAGCUCAGAAAUCAAAGCGAGCGAUAUGGUGCUUUGGAGUGAAAGUUCUCUUAAUUUGGACGGUCAAAGCAAACUCACAAGUAUUUCUCAUGAUAAACCUAAAAGUAGCAACCAAAGCGCCAUCUCCUCUGAAAAAGUAGACUCUGCCCAGGAAUUAAAUCAAUCAGCUCUGGCCGUUAGUCUCGACCAGACAGAUCUUUUGAAGCGUGUUGAUGGCAUUAUCAUCGAGCAAGAUGGAACCACAAGAGCACUUUCAGCUUCCGAUUCAGUGAUUGAGGACUCCUCAAAUGCAUUGUCCGUAGACGUCGUUGACUCAGAAACUGUUGAAGAUCUGGCCGAAAUCCUGAACCAGAAACUGAUGCAGGAAAAGGCAUUGCUAAAAUUGGAACACGCCGCAAACAACGAAUCAACUACGAAUUCGGAACAAACCUUGGAAGCAAAUCAAGGGAUUAACGACAAAAUCAGUAUCCACUCUACCAUUUCAAAGGACAAGAAAACAACAGCAACUAACUUCUUAGCGCCGGAAAAAGUUAGCAAUGUGGUUGGCUUCCUCGAAAAUGUGUUGAAUGAGGAGAGUCAAACUCGUCGCCUGAUCAUACGAAAGAGCUCCACGACACCAUCUCUGAAGAUUACGAAAGGUGAUGCAAGAGUAAUUCGUCUUAAGGCGGGAGGAAGCCGUGAUUCAAGUUCAGCCGAUAUUUACAAGCCGUCUGUCAACGCUUUCUCCAAUAAACCAGAGCUUGUCAGACUUUUCAAUCCAAGAUUUUAUCAGAACAUCAAGCGCGAUACCUCACAUCCCAAUGAUAAUCUUCUCCGAACCACUGUCAUUAAAAAAGCUGUGAUGAGGAAAGGAAACUCGGAAAUUGGCUACAAGUUUGUCCCAAAAAUUCUAAAAUCGCCGUUAUCAAUCGAUAGCAAAUCUGAUAGCAAACCAAAAGUCUCAUUUUCCUACAGGAGUGAGGAUACAGUUCGGAAAAUAUUGCCUAAAAGUUUAGGUAUCAAAAGCAACGAAGAUCCCCUGGAAGGUGGGUUUAGAAACUCUGUGACAAAUGCAAAAAAGACUGAGUUUAAAAUUGUGAUUAAUAAAAACACCAAAGCCACAACAAAUCUGAUUGGCCCUCCACCACUCCAACUCACUGGCAUGAAAUCGGCUAAUGUAGUAAACCAUCCAGAGAAUAGUAAAAACAUAGUUCUGAAGAAACCUACAAGUGGGCAUCCAGUCGCUGAUCAGGAAACCCGAGAAGUAAGUUUCAGCACCUCACCAUUCAAGUCAAAUGUUGGAAGUUUUCAAAAGUUUAUCAUCGUAGGUGGAGAUGAAGUUCCUAUAAGUAGCGCUAAUUCGUACGUCCUAUGUUUGGAGAAGAAACAAAAUGAAAUCGUGCAGAAUGGCAUCAGCGCAUCUACCAUGAAGGAAAGACCUGUUGGUGAUUUGACAAGUAAUUCAAAUCUCUCUACCAAUGAAAACAAUGAUAAGGAACAUUCACAAUAUCUGGACUCAGUUCUGCGUGAGUCCAUGGUUAAAGUGCAAAAGAAAGGAGGCCCUUUAAACAAGAAGACGUAUAAGAAAAAGCCAAAGCAAGUUGAUCUUGAGAACCCAGCCACCUUUCUUAACAAAGCAGCACAUAAACGAGCAACAGUUCUCAACCAAGCGCUUAAAAAAGUACAGCAGUUGCAGAUGGAUACUUUCUUAGAUAGAAAACAAAGAAGGAGAAGCCGGAAAAGGAAAUGCUGUGAAACGCUGGAUGAGGACUCUGCACCAAACCAAUCUGAAGAAAUGGUAGAGACAGAUGAUGUUGAUAUUCCUAACCAGAUGGAGGAGAUUAACAAGCACUCUGAAAAUGAUGAAGAUGAAAAAAAGGAAUUAAAGGCCCCUCUCUCAACCGGCAGCGGAGUUUUAGAAUCAAGCCUUAGAUUCAGUUUAAGAAAUAAAAGGAGGAAAAAGGAGGAGGAUGAUGAGAGCAACGCUCAACAAUUGUCAGAAGAAGACAAAAAAAUUCCAGAGGCCUUAAGCAAAGAGGACAAAAUUAAACUACACAAUGCCAGGGAAGUCGAGCGGAGGACGGAACUACGCCAACUGGGAAAGAAACUCUUAACUGUUGCAACUGAGAAUGUGCUUCCACAAGAUCGUCCACAAGGUCGUUCCAUUGCUACCCUUGCAAUCUUGAAUGUGGCAAAACUAGCAGUCAAAAGAAUGAAAGUGGAAAGUGAAAUGUUACAGAUAGAGCACAACAUAUUGAAGUCGAAAAACCGAUUCCUCUCUGAAAAACUGAAAGACUUAGGCGCCGGUAAAAUUGUGAAAGGUAAAGUCAAAAAAAAGCCCAUUGAUAUUACUGGAACCCCUGUAUUUCAAACUUUAGAAGAACAAAGACAAUCUAUGUUGAAAAAAUUUGAAGCACGGCACGCCAAAAGGCAUGAAAAAUUACUGAUACAUGCCAUUGAUUUAUAUGCUCCCCUUGAACCAGACUCUGAUGAUGAGUGGGUUACUCUAGGAUCUUUCCCUCUUAAAUCUGAAGACAAGAGCGAGUCAAGUAAUGUUGAAACUUCAGGAGGUUUCAACAUUAUAAGCAGCAUUUUAAGCAAGAAUUUAAGUGGAUUAUAAGCAGCAUUCAACUGUGUUCAUUUACCUGGAUCAGAUCUCAGUAUUCUCAACUCCUUUCACUAUUGUUUGGUAAACUAAGUUAUAGUUCUGUAAUAUCAUAGUUUAUUUCCUUUUAUUUUUGUAUCCUCUUGUUCUUGGGAAUCAAGAUUGCUCUAUUUUUGUUUGUCCUUAAUUUAAUUUUCACUAUUCCUUGCUAAUAUCUAAAUCAGUCAAAUCACUUCUUAAGCAAAGUGAAAUUGACUUACAGAUUGUUUGUUUUAAAUUGUUUGGGCGGUGCUCGAAUCCCAUUUGGACUUGUGUCUCGGCUUACGGUGCUAUGCAAUGCCUUGAUAUUAAUCAAUGUUCACAAUUUGAACCAACAGCUUGGGUUCACUUGAUCGAAAGUUCAAAAACCUGAAGUUUGCCGGAGGAUUUCUCAUAUUUUAAGGAGUAGUAAUAUUGUAGGCUAACUAGUCAAGCUGCCAGUCAUCACUACUUGGGGAGUAUACCUUAGAUGUAGAUUGUACCUCUCUGUACUGAUAUCUUUUCUUUCUGGUGAAUCAGCCCCAAAAGAGUUAUGCGCAUAUUUGGCAUGAAAGUUUGAUCAAGAUGGUGAACUUAAAAAUGAAUUUCUCUCUAUCGAUCUCUUUUACGAUAAUCGUCUCUUUUGGUUUUUAGUUUUCUAGUGUAAUUUAAUUUAAUUUUGUCUCUGAAGGAAUGUCUCACCUCUUGGUCUCAUCUGAAACCUGAAAGGAGGGCUUUAUACCACUGCUCCAAUUUUUAGACUUGAGGCAAUUGAGUCUGAUCCAAUUGUUAGGCAGUUUAAAUUAUUGAUGUCAGUUUAUCCUAACGAAGAAGUCAAAACCAAUCGUAGUCUAUUGUUUUGUUUAGUAUGUUGAUUAGUAAUAUGCUGCAGCCUUCUUAUAGCCGGUGAAUUUUCCUCAGUUGUCCAGUUUUUACGUCCACCUGUGACUUUCUCGGUGCUGUUAAGUAAAUGUUGAUAAUACUGUACUAAUGAGAGGAUCUCUAACCCGUAACUCGAUUAUUAUCAUUUUUUUAGACUUCUGAUAAUUCUUCAAAAGAGAAAAAUAUGGUCAAAACGCAAAACUUGACCAAUAAUUUCCAAGAUUAGUCGACCUGUGUAUUGAAUUCUGGGGUCCUUUUUCUCCUCUCGAUGGCCCAGAAAGAUGUCAAAGACUUCAGAAUAAAGAAAAUAAAUUCUCAAUCGAAGUAUUGUUUUGAUUUAUUUGUGACCCUGUUAGGAGGAGAUUUUUAAAUCAGUAGAUUUUCAAUUAUUUAUCUGUUUUAACAUUUAUCAUUUUAACUUGACUUUUUCCCUCUCUUGCAUCAUUCGUCAUUUGGUGUCACAUUUUUUUUUAUUUUCCCUACAAGAAAUUUGUAAGUAGCUAUGCCAACUCCUUUAUUUCCUCCUACUAUGUUAUAGUUGCUCAUAUUUCUUCCUGUGAUUGACCAGUGUAACCUUAGUUUCAAGCGUAUUCCAUACAAACUAUUUGCCAAGAGACUUAAAUUAGAAUGUAAUUGUGCUGAAAAUCUGUCUAUGCAAAUUUUUAGAUCCUUUUUCACUAGAUGCAGAUGUUCCAAUAUAAUUCUUCAGUGAUUAUUGUACUUUUUUAAAAACUUGGAAAUGUCCAAUCAGAUAAAAGUUUCUACAAUUUAGCUUUUAGUGUGUUUUAUCAAAGUCAGCGAGACAAUAACUUCGAAGGUCUUAUAGGUGUCGUCAGAUAAGUUGACCAUUCUUUACUCUCGGUUUGCAAGCGUUUUUGCGUCUAUACUAUCCACAUGAAAACAACAGACUCUCGCAGAAGCAAGAACACAAGCUUAGACAAGUUUCUUUAAUACUUUCAAACUUUGUAACACUUUAACUUUCAGCCACAUGGAAGUCACAACCAUAUAAAAGUCGCAAAAUAAUAACUGAUGAGUAGUUUUUUUACGAUAUGAUCAUGAGACGGAUGUUUUCAAGGUGGAUAAUAGCAAACGCCGCUUUGUGCAGAAGCCUGAAUUCAUCGUCUGUGCUUGCCAACGGAAAGUAAAUAAUGGUCGACUUACCUGGCGACACCUCUACAGGGCCCCUUUUUUUCAUGAUUUGAUUUAAUUUUCAACUCUUACUGCUCACUCUUUUGGGCAUUAUAUUUUCAAUAUGAAUUAACGGCGCUAUCAAGGGAUUUGGUACUCUCUCACGCAGUACCAUUUUACUGUCCUUCUAUUUGUUUGUUAUUCUCUAAGUUAAAAAUGUAUUCUUUUUCAGGAUACUUUGUUGUUCUUUUCUGUGUUUAUUUUUUGUUAUUACUUUAUGUACCAUAAAUUAAGUAUUUCGUGUAAGAUUUUUUUUGUAAUUUAAUCAAUGACUUUUUUUUAAAAUUCGUGAUAGCUCUCCAACUUUCAGUAAUUUUCUUUAUUGAAUUUUUACUGUCCUCUCUUUCACGUAUUUUCUUUUAUAUAUCCAUAGGUUUUUUUGUUCGAAAGGAAAAUCUAUUCGGCUAAACUUUUUUCCUGUUCUAUUUUGGAACAAUCUGUAGAGGCUACAGUACUUUUUUCCAAGGGAAUAUUAAACCUUUCAUUCUUUGUUUUAUUUUUAAGCUCUGUGUUUUCCGAAAAUUAAGCUGUAAGAUUAGUUCUUAAAUUUUGAAAUGUCUUGUACCUUGUUAAGGAAGAUUUGUUGACUCUGCCCUGUUAUAUUUUCUUAAUUCCUCAUAUGAUUUUUAACCAUAUUGGUUAUUGUAAAGUGUAUAUAAGCAAUUAAAACAGAAUUAAAAUUUUCUUCAAACUA